CCCCCUUCAAUUUUCCCUGCCACAACUACACACUGAAAAGUGCCACUCCUCGUGGAAGUCUUCAUCAUGUCCUCGACAUAUGCGAUCACCCUCCGUAUAGAUCACAAUAAGCCAGAGAAUCACAUCGCAAUCUGGGCUUCUCCUGAGCUGUAUACCAACGGCUCAGUUGCCAACACGCAAGAUGUUCUGGGAACUGAGGUCGACGUUUGGGUCUUUGCUUGUCGAGGAAAUCGCCUAAUCACUCUCAAGCUCGAGAGCGAUUCGGAUUCAACUUAUACCGUGAAGGUCUCGUCUCCUUCAUGUCCGAGCUUGGAGGGGCUUCACCUGCGUACAUCACAUUUUCCAGGGGAACUUAGUCACGGUUUAUCUACCCUGAACCAGUCAUCCAUGAUGGCUAAUGCUGGGUCUGUUGCAACCGGCAUUGGCGGAAGCUGCCUCUCGUCUCCUAUUCCGAGAUUGUUCAUCGGCAUCGUCAACCAUCAAGUCGAUAAAGAUCUGAAUAUUGAGAUCAUUGCCAGAGAAGCUGAAAUCUUCGAAGUAGACCUCAGCUUUCAUGCCGGGAUCAGCGAUCGUACAGCUAGCAUCCAUGUCGACAUUAAUGGAAAACUUGCAACCAUCUCCAACACAGGCCAAGCUGACGUGAUGGCCUGGCGCGCUGCCCAAAAGCGACAAUGGCAAGGUCUUCAAAUGACAGGAUCGAAGACUGUAGCCGAGAGCCCACAUGAGUUACAGUCGCUGAUUGAAAAGCUGCCCGGACUCGUCGGGUCUAUCGACUGGGAUGCUCCAGCUGGCGAUGGAGUCACCGCGGGAGCCGAAUGGAUUGGUUCCGUGAAGUGGCCACUUACCGCCACCUGCUCGAGCGUCGCCGCCGGCGUUGCCGCCAUUGCCAGUCAUUUGAUUGCCAGGGGAUACUUCUUGUCUUAUGAAGUUUGCGGGAACGCGGUUAGCAAUGGCUGCGAUACGACCGUCAUGUUCUCCUUUAGUGAGACUGGCAGAGUUGGGUCUGAGGCAUUCGAUGCUCCAAGGGACUGGAAAAGCGCUGUGGCGACACUUGAUCAGGAGCAUGCGUCCGGCCAGGUCAAGGCGGGCUUACUUCAGCGGAACCCCGAGGGCAUUAAAUCUUGUGAUUCAAAGAGACGUUUGUCGCUAGGAGAGUUUAGAGAUGUUCUGAGCGCUGACAUUGAUGCCAGUACAAGCAUCGGUAGCAGCUCUACUAUGCUGUAAGCUGGAAUAUCGUUGAAGGGGAGGUCAUCGGAACUUGGAAUCUCAACUAGUGUUUGGCGAAUGAAGAUUUUGCAAUAUCAGCAAAGUCAGCUCUCGUAGUUUUAUAUGCAUUCGUCUGUCUAGUCCUCUCAUGUUAUUCAGAUAUAUAAAUUGGGCUGCAC